AUGCUAGUGCAACAUGAAUACAUCAGGGAACUCCUGGAUCCUGAGAAAAUGGUAGGUGGAAGUUCGAGCAAAAGCGGGCAAGGGCUGCUAAAGACGCACUGGGCUUAAGGCUACUACUUCACUGAGUAACUCUGCUGCUGCUCAUACGACGCACAUCGACAUCAGCUUGUUGGCGGCAUCUUCUUCUGUACGUAACUAUAGCUUCUAUUUUUUGACUGGUGCUCUAGCUUAUCUCCCUCUUCUAAAAGUAUCAAGAUCACGCGCUGCAGUUUCAAGCCCUGAUAUGUGGCGACCAACUAGAAGCAUGGUCGAGAGUCGCUCACAGUUGCGCGUCUCCGAACACGGUCAGUGGAUGUGAUAUCCCAGCUUGGUUUCUCACCGAGUUCCGGACGCCUCAGGAGAGAUACGCGCAGGCAACCGAAUACCGUAAGUUUUUGCUCGAGCGACUUCUUUUUUUCGCUGGCUUUCUACGGCGUGGGCACAGCGUUGAGCAAAGACAGAUCCAUCUCAGGUGGCAGUAUUUUGGGCACCACAACAACGAGAAUGGGAAAAUCAAAGCACUCGAAAAACUCACUUUAAGAAAGGCUACCGCUCAAGAAUCAUCGGAUGCAUGGCAUCCUGAACAUGAAUAUAAUCCCUGGCCCUAUUUCUACUUGAAAAGCGGACCAAGGACGCACUCAGGAAUGCUAGCGCGGUAGCUCUAAUCACUGCUUGCAUCACUCGGGAGGAGUAUCUGAACUUGCCGGCUUCAAUAGACGCCAAUGGAAAUCCAGAACCAGGCUCAGCGAAAAUUCUACCGCAACUUUUUCCAGGAGGACAAACAUCUUCAACAGCCAGUGCUGAAUCUUCGAACUUCAUUAUCCUAGGUGUGGAACAACGAGGAAAGAAAAAGAUUGGCUUAGCGGAAAUUUUAGACCCAGAUGAAGACGAGAGCGGGAGUGGAGCGUAUUCGCAGCCGGAGAGGGUUUGGCAAGUCGCUUUUCACUUGGCUUACACGUUUCCUGGUGAUGCAGUAAAAACCUUGCUCGAGUACUGGGACUACCAUCCAAAGCUAUUGAAAGCCGCAGCCUCAGUGGUCAUAGCAGAUGCUGGUGCUCGCACCGAGCAGAGGACUUCGAGCGCCGGCGCAGGUGUUAAUACUACUGUUAGUGAACAAGCCUUAGAGUCCGUCUCCGUUUGGAAGGAGUUUCAGAUGUGGUGUGAGUUUUUUGGCCUGCUCGUUGAGAAGGAGAACAAAGACAAUUACAGGAGGUCCACUGAUCCACAUGGCACUAGCAGAAUCACAAUGCUUGGCGCUCUUGUUUCUCUUCUAGACGCUUACAUUAGACACAGCCUUCGCGAGAGCAGCAGGCAAGAUGACUUCAAUGUUGCCAGACAAAUUUUGGUGCAGAAGUUGAACCGUCAAGAGUUAGCACAAGGGGCAUCGCAACAAGUGGUCGCACAAUGCUGGGACCAGGAGUGUCAACGACAAGGCCGCGAGGCGAUGGAAGCGGAGCUCCGUAGCCAAAGAAAUCAGAUGGAGCAGCAAAGAUUAAAAGUAAGGCUUGUUACAGUAAUUUUUCAUCCUAAGAAGCACCUGCCUCCUUUGGCCCCUUUUUUAUGGGGAAACUACACGUCCAAGAUGCUUAUUUCAUGUGUGUGCCCCUGGUAGUGCUGCUCAUAGCACCCGUAGAGAAUGAGCCUGGGUGUGAUCAUGAUCGAGAUCAAGACACAGACAGCAAGAGGCCAAACCAGAUCGGUUAGAAAGAUGCUCAUGGUUCUGCUACCUUUCAAGAUAAAUAUAAGUAGGAAGGCCAGUCUAAUACCACUGUUGUGGCAAAAAAUCGAGGAGCCAGUAACGCGCAUCUGGACUCACCUGGUGGAAACAUACCACCGCGACCACUAUGGGUGGUACAUGACGGUGGACGAGCAUGUUUACAUUUUAGACGCGAUGAACAGACUUCUAUUGGCACUACCGCACGUUUUGACUCAGCAUUUUCUCCAAAUGCCAGACGUGGCGAAAAUCUUCGAGCAAGAAGACGGAAGCAAUAACGAGGGCGACUUUAUGGCGUUUGGAAGAUAGUUUGUGAGUUAUUUCACAGAGCCGCAAGGAAGAAAACUGGAAGUAAGAAAACCUGACCAGACACGUUCCUAUUUAUUUGUAAGUACUUUAUGGAGGAGCGAAAGAACUGCAAAAGGGCCGGGCGAUGAUAAAGGUCAAAGCGUGGGAGAAGGUCGCGCCCGCGGCAGUUGAGUUCGUCGCGCGCGAAGUGUGACAUCGGCCCGCACUACUGGCGCGACUGCGUGGAUAGCAUCCACGACGGUGCGGACCACGGCGACGGUGAUUACACUGGUGCGCUCGACGACAGCACAACCACAAGAGACAACCUCGACCGGGUUCCCAUCGUAGGCAUAACAAUCGCGCGACGAGGGCGACUGGUUUGCGGGCGUAGUUUGGACGGACGGGGCUAGAAGUAUGCCGGGCCACGUAAGCACAAACCAAAACGCCCCCGAGUAAGUAAGUCCCCGAAGCUACAGUGAUUAGCCAACUGCUUACACAAAUGCCAGCGAGUGUCGCCCACAGAAGCGCACGAAGCUCAAACACGUGGCGGCUCGGUGUUGUGAGAAGAGCGCGCAACUUUGGCCACGGUCUUGCCUGGGUGGGUAGGGUUGCGCUGUGGCUGCACAUCGACGGCGUGCGCCUUCGAAUGCUCUGCGUAACUGUGCCCAGAACGGGCACGCGCUGCGUUUUGUCGGUGUUCGUUGGUCAUCAGUCUCCCAGCAAUCUCCAACAAGAUAGACCGGCGGGCAGGCGCGGGCGCUGUGGUUACUGAUGAGCCGCAAGCCCCACCAGUGGCGUCGAGUGUAGUAGAAGAGAACGCGGACGAGAACACGGCGCACGGCCUUACACGUCGCGACGCCAGUCAUGAGGCUGGCAAAGGCAACGGCCUCGCGGACUGCGAUGCCAAUGAAGUACGAGGAGGCUGGCAAACGAAACGAGUCGCACGGGCCUACAGCUCGCGGCGACGUCAAUCACGUCCAGGAUGCUGGCAAAGAAAGCGACGAGAAUGGGGGCGGCAUCGUCGUGCCCCUGCGGUUAGUCUGGUCUAUGUCAUGCGUAGCCCCCUGAAGAUGUUGCCGCAUUUGUAUCCACUGGCCCCCGCGCUCUAGCCUUGAAGGCUAUCACUCCCUCCCACCCACCCACAGGGAUCGCCGCUGAGUCGUGACGGGUUGGGCUUGGCGUUGGCGACGUCGUGGAAUUCAACGAACAGCGCACAGGUGAGCCAUGAGGAGAGGAAGGGAGACGCGACAGAAGUCCCCGAAAAGAAAGUGAGCCAAUUUGCGCGGGCUGCUUGGCAUGUCGGAGACGAAGCAUGGCCUGAGGGGCAUGGCUGACGGACUGGCUGGCGGGGCAUGUCUGCAGGGUUGUCGCCCAUGGAAAAUUGGCCGGCAACGUGCAAGGAGCAGCAAGCUGUGGCUAAUUCUAAUCAAGGGGGUGGACGCUUACACCGGUGAGACGUGAGGCCUUUAGCUGUGCCGCUCACGGAGAUGCGGCGGACCCAAUACACGCCGAAAAAGGCGAAAAGCCUCGCGCAGGCGCUGGAUUGGGCAGAGGUGGGCGGAAAAAUACGCAGCCAGACCAGUGGGGACGACUCGGGGGCUGUGAUGGUGAAGCCCAAGAAGUGAAGGACAGUCGACCACGACGCGCUGGAAAAGACCAAGAAGGACGGCCCGGGCCCACCAGAAUUCAAGGGCGUUCAUGUACAAGGAGGCAAAGGCCUAAGCUGGAGGCAGUUGCUCCAGCAGGCGGAAACGACGGCGGGACGCAGUUGCUCCACUUCAACCCGCGGAGCUUAGUGGCGACAGUUGAAACACGUAGCAACAGCAAGCUACUACUUUCAGAGGGGGGCCGCCUAAGGCUGUGGAAAGUUGUGAGUGCGGGGCAAUCACAUGAAAGACCAAGCACGUGAAACCGUGGCCACAGCUGGCCCAUUUUGCUGCGGUGGGGCUGUUGGUCUUCUUCUUCUUCUUCUUCUUCGUUCAGGCUUGUCCAAAGAAAGCGUUGAACAUUAAGCACGUCGCCGACGCCCCCGAUCUUGUUCUCCGCAGCCCAGCUUUUGAGUUGGGGACUCGUCUUGUCGCCACGCACCUUAUUAACGAACUAGAGUAGCCAGCUAGUCUUAGUUUAACUACCUAGCUUUUUGUUCUUAAGCGGAAUUUUAUCCAGACGCUAAACCUUAAGUAAUCCUUUAGCCCCGCCAUAUACUUGCGAACUUCUUCAGGCACUAUCUUUAGCUAUACUCAAUUACACCAUAGAAAUCAUUAUCUCCGUGUCGGAGUCGGGCUAAUACUGAACAAGCUGAAGACUAAGUAACAGGCCACGACUAGCCGCCAUAAACUUCAACAGCAUGCUCUCCGACUCCGUGGUCUUUGAUUAUCCCCAAGCCCAAACUCAACAUUUUCUAAUCCUACAUGGCAGGAGCAACAGCAAGAAGAUGGCACGUUCUCUCUGGCGUACCACGCAAACCGCAUAUUCAAUGACGAAUAUGACGACCAGAACCAGGAGAAGUGGAGAUAUCGUCGCCAGUGGUUUCUUCUCCAAUUACUCCGACAAGGUCCGCAUCAGUUCUUGAUUGUGGAUUUAUGGCGCUGGUUUUACAUCUUCUUGCCAUCUAUUGUAUGUUUGUGACUGUGACUCAAAAAAUAUGCGUAAGCCUAAGCGUAGCUGUAGGAUGAACUUGAGCGUUGAUCUACCUCUCACUUGUAUCUUGUUCUCUAAUCACCGGCGCCCGCGGAUCCCGACGUGAUCGUAGCGAGUGGAUUGACCGUGCGAAGGCAGUGAUGGAUCUGCAGAGGGGUUGGAGGAACGACGAUGAGGAAUAUCGAAAAACUUUGGAGGCUUGUGUGCGUGAUUUUCAGAAAGCGCUGACGCUACGCCCAGCAUCCGAUAACGACGACCAGAAGAUCAAGGAUAUUAUAGAAGAAACUCUUAGACGCAUGCCUAUCAUGCCAAAAUGAAGAUGAGGCUCUUUUUUGUUUGUUAUAAUAUUCUUCAUCUAGAAGUACUUGUUCUUUAUUUUCGUUUUCUUGAUGGUCAUGGUACUGGUAGAGAAGUACGCCAAUUGUACUGAGCAAGAGGCAGCGCCUCAACACAGCGAACACCAACUGCUAAAAAUAAUACAGUGUACUUAUGUAUGAUAUCUGCUCCUCAACCUUCAUCUUGUUCCUGACGCCGAUCAUGAUACAACAAGCUCCGAAGUUGCACUGGUUCAACUUGGAUUUGAAAUCUGCUAAUUAAGUCAGUCGAGAAUCCCCCGUCGCCCUACCCUAGGCAAAGCUUGGGUCGCCCACUCAAGCACUAAAAGAAUGUACCACGGAGGACGUUGUAGUUGCCCUAUCAUCAUGUCUUAUAUCUUGCUAUUGCUUUUUCGCGACGCCCAUUCCUUUGUUGUAUGAAAAGCAGGAGAGAUCCUUCAGCAUGGUGGUGGUCGGAAGGAGGGGCUCCGACAAGUGGAAGGAGUAGGAGAACUGGGAAAAAAUAUCUCAAGAGAUGCAAG